UCAUAUCUUUUUAAUUUGGAAUAUUGUGGCUUCUAAGUUGGAGAUAUAAGAAAUUGUUGCAUUUUUUUCUAAGGAAAUGAUUCUAGUAAAUCUUUGUUAUAAUUGUAAGAUCUCUAGCUGUAGGAAAAUAUAUCAAUUCUCAUAGUACAAACAAAUAUACAUAUUUACAAAACCGUUUAAACUCAAGAUUUUACUUCCAAAAUUAAUGUUCUUAUGGUUAUCUAUAAAUACUAACACAUCCUUUUUGGCCAAUUAUCAAAUCUUUGCUCGUUCCCCAUGGCACCCAAAAAGAAAGACUCUGACUCUGCAUUCACUAACUUUACCAUUAAGGUGAAUGUUGACCGCAGCUGGGAAAAGACGGUGGAAAAAGUUUUGAAAAGUGUUAAAGUAAGUCAAUUCCGAAUGGAAAACGAUGGAAGGGUCAACAUUCAGGGUUUCAUAAAUCCAAAUGUACUUCUGGAAUGUUUUCGGAAAGCAGGAAAAGAUGCACAGAUUGUGCAUUGGCAAUAUGGUGAAUGUUCUAGCAACUUGUAUGAUAAGACAGCGCCCUCGAACUAUUAUGGACACGGGUCAAGCAACUAUUACUACGGAGAUGGUUAUGACUAUGGUUAUAACAACAAUGGAUAUCAUAACAACGGUUACUAUGCAAACGGCUACCCUGGAUAUGUAAGUAAUGAUGCUUACAACAGCCAUACAGAAAAGCCAAGAAGAUCAAGUGGACAUGAUACAGGCUGCGGUAUAAUGUGAUAGAAUUUUAUUAUAAACUUAUGAAUGGGUACAAGUAUUCAAGUACUCAUUCUAGCAGUUAAUUACUAUAUGAAUGGUGGA